AUGGAACUCCACAUUCCAACACAAAUCGCGAUCGUUUCCAUUCCCAUCAUCCUUUUUACGUGCAUUUCUUCUUCUUCUUCUUCUUUGUCGUCGUCGUUGUCACCAUCAAACUUGCACCCUUUGGUGGUCGACUCCAUGCUUGAGCAUCUCAACUACACCGCCAUUUCUGAGUUCCGGUUGCUGAAUAGAAGGCGAAUUCUCGAGUGUAGCGAUGGGAACCCUUAUCUCCAAAUUAAUGUCAGUGGCAACGCCACCAUGGGAGAUGAAGAGUACCUUACGGUUAAUGUAACCGGGGUCCUGGUUCCAGCGGACAAUCACUGGAUUGCCAUGAUUUCUCCAUCGGACGCCGACGUCUCGUAUUGUCCACUGAACAAGGUUAUGUAUGUACAGACUGGUGAUCUCAGUCAUCUUCCUCUUCUAUGCCAUUAUCCUGUCAAGGCACAAUACUUGAGCAGGGAUCCGGACUAUUUGAGCUGCAAGAAGAAGGAGUGCAAGGAAUACAAAGACGGUCAAUGCGUGUUGACCACAUGCGGCAGCAGCUUGACGUUUCACGUUCUGAACAUCAGAACCGACAUCGAGUUUGUGCUGUUCGCCGGAGGAUUCACCAUACCAUGCGUGUUGAAGAGAUCGAACUCUUUGACCUUUGCUAACCCGAACCAACCGCUCUAUGGCCAUCUCUCCAGCAUUGACUCGACUGGGACCUCGAUGAGGAUUACAUGGGUUAGCGGAGGCAAGGAACCCCAAAAGGUACAAUAUGGAGAUGGGAAAUCACAAACUUCCGAAGUUAGUUCAUUCUCACGAGAUGAUAUGUGCAGUAAAGUGGUGCCCAGUCCUGCCAAAGAUUUUGGUUGGCAUGACCCUGGUUACAUUCAUUCAGCCGUGAUGACGGGACUGCAACCUUCUACCUCUUAUUCUUACAAAUACGGAAGUGAUUCAGUUGGUUGGAGCAACAAAGUUCAGUUCAGGACACCGCCUGCAGGAGGAUCAAAUGAACUCAAAUUUCUUGCAUAUGGGGAUAUGGGAAAAGCCCCUCUGGAUGAUACAGUCGAGCACUACAUUCAGCCAGGAUCAGUCUCGGUGGCUAAGGCAGUGUUGGAUGAUGUAGACUCCGGCAAUGUCGAUGCCAUCUUCCAUAUUGGAGACAUAAGCUACGCCACCGGCUUCUUAGUGGAGUGGGAUUUCUUCCUCCACCACAUCAGCCCUUUCGCUUCCCGAGUUUCCUAUAUGACUGCAAUUGGGAACCACGAAAGAGGUUAUGUGGACUCGGGUGCCAGAUAUAUAACUCCAGACUCCGGUGGGGAAUGUGGCAUUCCUUACGAGACAUACUUCCCAAUGCCAACCCCAGCGAAGGACAAGCCAUGGUAUUCCAUUGAACAAGCCAGUGUUCACUUUACUGUGAUUUCAACUGAACAUGACUGGUCCGAGAAUUCAGAGCAGUAUCAAUGGAUGAAAGGGGACAUGGCUUCAGUCGACCGAUCUAAAACUCCAUGGUUAGUUUUCAUGGGGCACAGGCCCAUGUACACUUCUGGUCACGGAUUAGGUGCUGAUCCAAUUUUUCUUGAUGCUGUAGAGCCAUUGCUGUUGGACAACAAGGCUGAUCUAGUUCUCUUCGGCCACAUGCAUAACUAUGAAAGAACGUGCUCGGUUUUCCAAAAUGAGUGUAAAGCUAUGCCAAAGAAAGAUCAGAGCGGGGUUGAUAUUUAUGAUCACAGCAAUUAUAGCGCACCCGUGCAAGUGGUUAUUGGUAUGGCCGGGUUCAGGCUGGGUGAAUUCACAGAUAAGCCGAGUGACUGGAGUUUGAUAAGGAUUUCUAAAUUCGGCUAUUUCAGAGGACAUGCGACUCCAAAAGAGUUACAACUAGAGUAUGUGAAUGCCGACACAAGGAAGGUGGAAGACAUCUUCCGCAUCACCCGAUAACCCGACUUUUCAAGUGAGCAGGAAGGUGCUGCAGAGGCGACAAUGGUGGUACACUUCUACAUUGUACUAUACAGAGACAAAACAUACAGAUAAAUUGUGCUUGUACACAAGUAAUAAAUCUUGAUUGUCUGCGCGGCCUAA